CAAUUAUCACUACAAUCCUAUAGUGUCUACACUUUCAAUAUAUAUAUAUCAGAUAUCAUAUACUUUUUUUCCCUUAACCCACACACUAUAUUAUUUGCUUCACAAAAACAAACUCACCCACACAUACACACACUUACUCACUCACUCACUCAUUGAUUCACUCACCCACUUGUGGCUGAUAUUUGCAAUUAAAUUGCAAACAAAACUUCAAAAAUAAUAUAUAUAUAUUGCAAUGAGUUUUGCUGUCCAUCAUAGUAUUGCAUCGGAAGUACUUAGACUGACCACUUCGGUAUCGGACAGCAGUACAUCACUAUCGUCUUCGUGGUCAACAAUGGCUGCCCAACAACAACAGCAGCAACAACAGCGACAGAGAUCGUCAUCGACUGGUGCCAGCGGUAUUGGCGGUUUAGGUAUCGGUACCGGCCAGCCACAGAUGACCGACCUGAAAGCCAUGGAACACCAGACACUGAAGGUUCCCUACGAGAUACUGAACAAAAAGUUUCGGUCGGCCCAGAAGAAUGUCGACCGCGAGAUAUCGCACGUACAGACAUCGGUGAGCGAACUGGAACGAUCGGUUCGCAAUCGGGCCACACCCGACUCGCCCAUAACCAUCAAUUCGAUCAAUGAUCUGCUUAAUGGUGUGGUCAGCAAAUUGCAGAUACUUAAGCGCAAAUCGCACGAAAGCCUGACGGAUGAGUUAGACGCGGCCAAUGUCUGUAAGAAACGUUUAGAACAUUUGAAAGACUAUUGUCUGAAAACCAAUUCAAACGAAACGGCUAUAACUCAAUGGAAAAAGAAACGCAUGGAUCGUAUGCUUGUCGACCAUUUUCUGCGAUCCGGUUAUUACGAAUCGGCCAUCAAUUUGGCUAUACAUUCGCAGAUCGAAGAUCUAACAAAUAUCGAUCUGUUUUUGAUUAGUCGACAAGUAGAAGAUUCGCUGCGCGCACGCGAAACAUCACGUUGUCUUAGUUGGUGUCACGACAACAAGUCGAAGCUCCGGAAGAUUAAGUCGACACUGGAGAUAAAACUCAGACAACAAGAGUUCAUUGAAUUGGUUCGCAAGAACAGGCGUCUGGAGGCUGUACAUCACGCGCGCAAACAUUUCAAUAGUGUUGAAGAGGGACAACAACAGCAGUCCGUCGGCCAGAAUGUAGACCUACAGCGUGUAAUGGGUUUGUUGGCCUUUGCCGCCGAUACAGUGGUCGAACCGUACAAGUGUUUGUUCGACGAAAGCCGUUGGGACCAAAUUAUUGAACAGUUUCGUAACGACAACUUCAAACUGUAUCAGUUGAGUACAUCAUCGGUAUUUUCGGUAGCACUACAGGCCGGCCUAUCCGCUAUUAAGACACCGAUUUGCUACAAGAAAGAUGGCACCAAAAACGGUGACUGUCCCGUAUGCAGUGAACUGCUUAAUAAAUUGGCCGCACAUUUGCCGUAUUCGCACUGUUCGCAGUCGCGACUCGUUUGUACCAUAUCUGGCCAACCGCUCAAUGAGCACAAUCUGCCGCUUGUGUUGCCCAAUGGCCACGUCUACGGCGAACAAUCACUCAAAGUGAUGGCCAUCGAUAAUAAUGGUCGCAUAACUUGUCCGCGAACUAAGGAUGUGUUUGACAUCAAAGAAGCCGAAAAAGUGUUUGUUAUGUAAAACUUUUUUUUUGUUAAUUAAUUAAUUAAUUAACUAAUAAUAAUUAUAUUUAGAAAUUUUGCAAAAUUUCAAU